AUGUCAGGGGACGAGUAUGACUUUCUCUUCAAGGUUCUUGUUGCUGACCUGUUGGCUGCAGUUGUCCUCAUUGGUGACAGCGGUGUCGGAAAAUCCAAUCUUCUGAGCAGAUUCACGAGAAACGAAUUCAACUUGGACUCAAAGUCUACUAUCGGCGUCGAAUUUGCAACGAGAUCCAUCCAAGUUGACACCAAAACCAUCAAGGCGCAGAUUUGGGAUACCGCAGGUCAAGAAAGAUAUCGUGCCAUUACAUCUGCCUACUACAGAGGUGCAGUUGGUGCACUGCUAGUCUACGAUAUCAGCAAGCAUCAGACGUAUGACAAUGUCACCCGGUGGUUGAAAGAGCUGCGGGAUCAUGCCGAUGCCAACAUUGUCAUCAUGCUCGUCGGAAAUAAGAGCGAUUUACGACAUCUGCGCGCGGUUCCCACGGAAGAGGCGAAACAGUUCGCCAGUGAAAACAACCUGUCCUUCAUUGAGACCUCCGCCCUUGAUGCUAGCAACGUCGAGCUUGCCUUUCAAAACAUCUUGACCGAAAUAUAUCGUAUUGUCUCCAGUAAAGCUCUCGACAGCGGAGAUGCCGCUCAAGCACCAAGCGGAGGAGUGAAGAUUGACAUGACACCGUCAGGUACACCAGAUGCAAAGGGCAACAAGUGCUGCUAA